CCGCUUCCGUUCUGUGACGUCACGUUUGAUUGGCGAAGCCGCUCGUCGAUGUGAUUAUGGAUUAUUGAACUUCACGAGUAUUUUAGACGCUACUGAAGAGCAGAUCAUAUCGAUCACUGACGCCAUUUUAAUGACGGAAUCAUUUUUGAACCAAUGAAGGUUUAUUUGUGACGUGGUGAAUAAACAUAUCAUCUAUAGAUUUCCUCUGCAGCGGAUCCGCAUCAGUGUGUUCGUCAGUGACAGGGGUCCGUGUAGGACUCGGUUCUGGUCGCGCUGCUGCAGAAUGAAUGGGAACAGUGUGAUGUUCGGGCUGGAGGAGCUGCAGGACCUGGUUUUUAUAGAAAGACCGAUCCGCCGCAGCCUCAAGACAGCUGAAGAGAUCGAUCAGCUCACUGUGGAUGAAGAUCUUAACGACAUAGAACGAGCUGUUUACUUGCUCAGUGUAGGUCAGGAGGUUCAGAGAGUGAGUGUCAUCACUAACCUGCCAAGUCUGGUCCGCCACAAUCCAGCUGAGACCUUUCGUCGGGUCGUACCCAAAGUGCGGGACGUCCUGAACGGAUCUGGCUCAGAAAUCCAUUUGUCAGCUGCAGCCUCGUUUUUAACUAUUCUACAGGACGACAUCAUCCUGAUCCACACACACACUUACUGCAUCCUGAAGACUGUUCUGAUGCACCUGAACCACAGGGACACAGUGGUGGGCGGGGCCUGGUUGGAGACGCUCCUGUCUGCAGUCAGCUCUUUACCAAAGGAGACAAUCAAACAGGAGGUGCUGAAUCCUCUCCUCCUUCAGCCUCAGGCGUCUCUCUCUCUUCACUCCCGUCUGACCAACUGUCGUAUUUUAGGAAAAGUCGCCUCGAAGUUUGAUUCCCACACAGUGAAGAUGGAGCUUCUGCCAGUGGCUCAGUCUCUGUGUCAGGAUGUAGAGGCCGAGGUGCGAGUGUGUAUGUGCGCUCAGCUGGAAAGCAUCGCCCGAGCGACUGGAGUGGACGAGACCAAGACACACGUGCUGCCUGAACUCACGGAGCUCGCUGCAGACGAGGACGGCAGUGUGCGGCUCGUUGCGUUUGACACCAUCAUUAACCUGAUCGACAUGAUUGACACCGAUGACCGCCUCCAUGUCGUAGUCCCUCUGGUGAUGGCAGUGUGUGAGGCGUCGUCACAGGGUGAUGACACAGUCUUAACAUCUUUGUCUUUCCAGUUUGGGAAGCUCUGCAGUGGACUGGCAGGCUCUCUGUCAGAUGAGCAGAAGUUUUCCAUGCUGCAGACCUUCAAAGUUCUGUGUGUCGCAGGUCUUCAGACUGACAGAAACUUAACAAAUGAUGUAAAUGAGUCAAAGCUAAUUCGCUGCAACUGCUGUUACAAUUUACCGGCCAUGGUGCUGUUUUGUGAAUCUGCUCCCUUCCUGUCAGAACUGUACACAACCUUCUCCACUCUCUGUUGUGACCCAGAGUUCAGCGUCCGUCAAAGUGCUGCAGCAAACUUUCACCAGGUGGUAAAGCUGCUCCGCUCAAAUGUUCAUCUUUUCCACAAAGAGCUUGUGGUUCUGCUACAGGAUGACGUUCUGGAGGUUCUGGACGCUCUGAUGACUCACUUGGAGGAAACACUGGAGGCCGUUCUGUCCAGAGAAGACAACAACAAGUUCUCUGAGCUGCUGUCAGCUCUGCUAGCAGCCGAACACAAGGUUGGAGGUUCUCUGCGUUGGCGGCUCCAUGAGAAGCUGCUGCAGCGUUACAGCUGCCUCGCUCGACUGCUGCCCGGAGAAGUGCUGCACCAGAACUUUUCUGCUCGAAUCUUUAUCAUCCUCACCUCCAACAAGGUGUUGCCUGUUCAGAAGGAGGCGGCUCGGACAUUCUGCACUUUCCUUCGCUACAAUCGCAAACAGGAGCAGCGCCAGGAAAUGAUCCAUCGAUUGAUUAAAGAUCUGGCUCAAGGUCGCAGCUACUGGAGCCGUCUUAGGUUUCUUGACGUUUGUGAAACAGCCACUGAGAUUUUCUCCAAAAAAUUCUUCAACAAACACUUCCUGGUUCCUGCAUUGGAGCUGGUCCAUGACCCGGUUGCCAACGUCAGGUACAAGCUGUGCCAGUUGUUGCCACGGUUACGUUCAUCGCUUCGCCUCCCGACAGAUAGACAACUGCUGCAGCAGCUGGACUUCUGCGUUCAGAAACUUCUCUGCAGAGAGAAAGACAAAGAUGUGGUGGCGACCAUCCGCAAGACAGUGUUGGAAUUAGACAAACUGGACCUCACAGAGCCGUGUCAUAGGAGGCAGGAGAAGGACUUCCUGGAUGAGAAGAAGGAGAAGGAGGAGCUUUUGCUGCUAGAGAUGGAACAGCUGGAACAUCAGAGUGGUGGGAGGAACCCUGAGAAGCAUGCGGAGAGGAAAUAUGUGUGUUUGACAGGGAAGGAUGGUAAGACCCGUCUGUCUGCAGUCAAGUCCACAUCUGUGUCCGUGUCCUCUUCAGGAGCCGGAAACGAGAUGAGAAAAGCAAAACUGACACGGAGUCGAUCGCUCAGCAGUCAGUCCACAUCCAAACCCACCAACGCAGAAAGAGCCAUGAAGAUCAAAGAGUUCAGCAGUUCAUCUGGAUCAGUUCUGAACGAUGACUCCUUAAGGACCGCCCACUUCACUCUGACAUCACAGUCGACCACGUCCAUGCCCUUCCUGAUCUGCAGCAACACCAGCAGCCUCCUGGAAAACAGAACCAGCUCCAAAGACCAUGGAAGCUGUAAGACAGACCGCAGAACAAAUGUGCUGGACCAUAGAACUGGUUUAGUAGACCACAGAACCAGUACUUUGGACCACAGGACCACUGCCUUGGACUACAGGACCAGAACCUUGGACCAACGCAGCAGAACAAUGGAGCGUGGCUGUGGUGUUAAAGACAGUCAGUCUAGGAAACUGUCGGUACACAGGAAGUCAAAGUCUUUCUGCGUCCAGUCGGGACAAGAGUGAAGAUGAUGUCAUUAUUAGCCAAUCAGCAGCAAGGAGGCAGUUUUGGGACAUUACCCAGAAUGCAACAGGACUUACACAGACUAUUUGUAUUUAUGGAGCAUGGUGUGUUCUGAUUGGUUCAGUAAAAUCCACACUUUCAAAC